AUGUCUAUCGAUUUUCCCGCCGAGGAGGAGGUCAUCCUCAAUCGGUGGAGGGAGAUUGAUGCCUUCCAACGACAGCUUGAGCUGUCUCAGGGCCGCCAACCAUUCACUUUCCUAGAUGGUCCUCCAUUUGCGACUGGUCUUCCCCACUAUGGUCACUUGCUGGCAUCUACGAUCAAGGACAUUAUCCCGAGAUACUGGAGCAUGAAGGGUUAUCACGUGGAACGACGAUUUGGAUGGGAUACCCACGGCGUCCCAGUCGAAUACGAAAUCGACAAGAAGCUUGGCAUGAGUGGUCUAGAGGCCGUUGAAAAGCUUGGAAUCGCGCAAUACAAUGCUGAAUGCAGGGCUAUUGUCAUGCGCUUCAGUGAAGAAUGGAGACAGACUAUUGAGCGACUUGGCCGUUGGAUUGACUUCGACAAUGACUACAAGACUAUGAAUACCACCUUCAUGGAGUCUGUAUGGUGGGUCUUCAAGCAGCUGUACGACAAAGGUUUGGUCUACCGAGGCUACCGGGUCAUGCCUUACUCAACUGCUCUCAAUACCCCUCUCAGCAACUUUGAGGCCCAGCAGAACUACAAGGAUGUUCAAGACCCAGCAGUUGUUGUCACAUUCCCCUUGCUUGAUGAUCCCGACACUUGUCUGCUGGCAUGGACUACUACUCCUUGGACAUUGCCUUCUCACACUGGACUGUGUGCUCAUCCUGACUUUGAAUAUGUCAAGAUCUUUGAUGAAGCUACUAAGAAGCACUACAUCCUCCUUGAGAGUCUGUUGCGUACGAUCUACAAAGACCCUAAGAAGGCAAAGUUUAAGAUCGUUCAAAAGAUCAAGGGCUCUGAGAUGCUGGGCUGGAAGUACGAACCUCUUUUUGACUAUUUCUACGAUGAGUUCAAGGACCAUGGAUUCAAAGUCCUGAAUGAUGAGUAUGUCACUUCAGAUGCCGGUGUUGGUAUUGUUCACCAAGCCCCAGCGUUUGGUGAGGACGAUUACCAAGUUGCCGUCAAGCACGAAGUCAUUUCACCUACUCGUCCUGCACCAAACCCCGUCGAUGAGACCGGAAGGUUCACCGCGGAAGUGCGUGAAUUCGCUGGCCAACAUGUCAAGGAGGCCGACAAGGCAAUCAUUAAACACCUGAAGGGCACUGGCCGUCUUCUCGUGGAUAGUCAGAUUACUCACAGUUAUCCUUUCUGUUGGCGAUCCGACACUCCUUUGAUCUAUCGAGCUGUGCCUUCAUGGUUCGUCAAGAUCACCCCGAUCAUCCCUCAAAUGCUUCAAGGCAUUGAAGAGUCUCACUGGGUCCCAUCAUUCGUCAAGGACAAACGAUUUGCAAGCUGGAUCCAGAAUGCUCGUGAUUGGAACAUUUCCAGGAACAGAUUCUGGGGCACGCCCCUUCCUUUGUGGGUCAGCGAUGACUUCAAGGAAGUCGUCGCGGUCGGAAGUUCCGAAGAGCUCAAGGAAUUGAGUGGUUACGAGGGAGAACUUCUUGAUCUUCACCGAGACAAAGUGGAUGACAUCACUAUCCCAAGUAAGCAGGGCAAGGGCGUUCUUCGCCGUGUGCCAGAGGUUUUCGAUUGCUGGUUCGAGUCUGGAAGCAUGCCGUAUGCUUCCCAACAUUAUCCUUUCGAGAACAAGGACAAGUUCGACGAAAGUUUCCCUGGAGACUUUAUCGCAGAGGGACUUGACCAAACCCGAGGCUGGUUCUACACCCUGACUGUUCUUGGGACUCAUUUGUUUGGAAAGCUGCCUUUCCGGAAUGUCAUUGUCAAUGGUAUUGUGCUUGCCGAGGAUGGCAAGAAGAUGUCCAAAAGACUAAAGAAUUACCCUGACCCCUCCUUGGUAAUCGAUCGGUACGGCUCUGAUGCCCUUCGCUUGUACAUGAUCAACUCCCCAGUGGUCCGCGCGGAGCCAUUGAGAUUCAAGGAGAGUGGCGUGAAGGAAAUCGUGAGCAAAGUGCUUCUACCUCUGUGGAACAGCUAUAAGUUCUUUGAGGGUCAAGUGGCUUUGAUCAAAAAGACUUCCAACGUCGACUUCGUCUUUGAUCCCAAGGCCGAGGCUUCGAACACCAACGUCAUGGAUAGAUGGAUUCUUGCCACUACACAGAGUCUCAUCCUCUAUGUGAACCAGGAGAUGCAUGCGUACCGCUUGUACACAGUCGUCCCAAGACUUCUGGAGCUGAUUGAACAAACGACCAAUUGGUACAUUCGAUUCAACCGCAAGCGUCUCAAGGGCGAGAAUGGUGUUGAGGAUACCCUUCACGCUUUGAACACUCUUUUUGAGGUCCUAUACACUCUUGUUCGAGGCCUGGCGCCCUUUACCCCUUUCAUCACCGAUAAUAUCUACCAGCGCUUGCUCCCACACAUCCCUGAAUCAUUGCGCGCCGAAGACAACCGCAGUGUCCACUUCCUUUCCUUCCCUGAGGUUCGCCAAGAGCUGUUCGACGAGGUUGUGGAGCGUCGUGUCGCACGUAUGCAGAAGGUCAUUGAACUUGGCCGCGUGUCCCGCGAGCGUCGUUCCAUUGGGCUCAAGACCCCUCUCAAAACACUCGUUGUGAUCCACAACGAUCCUCAAUACCUGGACGACGUCAAGUCACUCGAAGGCUACAUUGUGGAAGAGCUCAACGUCCUUGAUCUCGUUUUAUCUAGUGAUGAGGAUAAGUACAAUGUCCAAUACAGCGUCAAUGCUGAUUGGCCUACGCUUGGCAAGAAAUUGAAGAAGGAUGUCCAGAAGGUCAAGAAGGCCCUGCCUUCUCUGUCUAGCGAUGAUGUCAAGGCGUACCUCACAAAUGGAAAGACCACUGUCGAUGGCAUCGAGCUAGUAGCCGGCGACCUCGUCGUGAAGCGCGGUCUCAAGGAGAACCCAGGCUCAGCUGGCAUGGAACCUAACACCGACGCCGAGGUGAUGACUAUUCUCGAUGCAAACCUGUACCCCGAGCUGGCCCACCAGGGCAUUGGUCGAGAGAUCAUUAACCGUGUCCAGCGCCUCCGCAAGAAGGCUGGCCUGGUUCCCACUGACGACGUGAAGAUGGAGUACACCGUCCUCACUGACCCGGAUAACAUCGGGCUUGACGAGGCUUUCAAGUCUCAGUCUUCAGCCAUUGAGAAGGCUGUGCGUCGGCCUCUUGAUCAGCGUACGCUGGUUGAUGGUCAGGCUCCUAGUGCCGAGGAAGAGGGAACCAUCUCGCAAGAAGAGCAAGAGGUACAGAACGCUACCUUCCUGCUGCGUCUGGUUAAGCUGUAA